GCAGAUACCAGAAGAGACGCUCCUCAUCAGCAGCUCAGGUCUCGGUCAGCGGAUUGGCCCAGCUCCAACAUGCUCCCCCCCCUGCUCUACAUGUGUGCCGCCAUCACUCUGACAGGUGCUGCGCCAGUGUCAAUAACUGAGAGCACAACGCUGAGCAUCAGCUCCUGUCCCAUCACCUUCUUUGAGAAAGUCUACACUGAAGUCUACGUGAACGUCAGCAGCACUCGAUACUACAUCUGCUUUGAUGGAUUUUUCGAUUCCUCACUCAAACGAGACUGUAUUGAGUUAGGUCGCGGAAUUCCUAUGGAUUUUCAAGUUUUGGUUGAACAAUAUAAAGCUGCUACUCUCGCAGUUCAAAGUAGUGACACAGAUGACAUGGUAGACAUUAGUGGAUGCAGAUAUGCAGGUUGGUCAAUCACUGGUCCCAAAAAUAUCCUUAAGAGCCAUGUUGGGAAAAGGAGAUGUGUGGGCAAGUACAUGUGCACAGUGACCGGCCCCACUGUCGUCGACGUACUGGGCUCAGUUAGCUCUGUGGAGGAUCGCUGCUCCUACGCAUUGAUUAGGAACAACCGUCUGAAGAUUGAAAUACAAGGCAGCUUCAGGGAGCGCCGUCGCACAGACGUGAGCUUUCUGGACAGCUUGACAGUGACAUUUCCGAGAAUAGAGCUUCACCUGGAACAGGGCGGUAGAGUCCUGAAAGACGGCGUGUUGCUGGACCUCAACAGCACAGUCCAGAACUUUGAAAUGAUUGAUUUGUUCAAAGACCACACUGGAGUACAUGCGUCAGCGAAGAUCCAAGGUGUGACGGUGAUGUCAUUGUUUUUUGAUGGUGACACAGCUCAGAUCUAUGCAGAAGACCUUGUUCAGUAUGGUUUGCAGUAUUUCUCUGGCCUGUGCGUGAACUCCAGCUCCUUUUCGGAUUCCAAGCACCGUCAGCAGAGCUCCUCCAGCUGUGACACUCCGUAUACCGAACCUGCCGACAGCACAAUCAACUGCACCGCCGUGACUGAUCGCUGCAACCUGCUGAUGGACGCCCCCUUCUCCUCCUGCCACGAAGAGAUCGACCCCGCGCCCUACAUCACCGCAUGCUCGGACACUCUGUGCAAAUACCCAGAAGUGGACGGUCUCAGGUGUCAGUUCCUGGGCGCCUAUGCCAAAGCCUGCAGCAUGAACAACAGCACACUGGAGGGAUGGUGGUCGGAGGCUGAGUGCCCCCCCCCCACGGACUCCUGUCAGGACCAGCUCUGCAGUGACGGUGCCUUCUGUGGAGAGUUGGACGGUGACGCCGUCUGCCUCUGUAGGGGCACGAAAUCAUCCAAGUACAGAGAAUCAGGCACUCUGGGGGACCCCGCGGUCUGCUCAGAGGGCUCUGCCACUGUCACUUUCCUGGGCUGCCUCCUGAGGGAGAAAGGCAUCGACUACUCUGUCUUACAUCUCAACGAUGAGAGCUGCAAGGGAGAGAGAGACGAGGGGAACGACACGGUGACUUUCAGCUUCAACAGCACCAACCCCUGUGGGGUGGUGGUCACGGCCAACGACAGCCAUGUGACUUACGAGAACACCAUUAUGAGCCCAAACGCCUCCUCCGGCGUCAUCACUCGCCAAGACCAAAUCUCUAUCGACUUCUCCUGCACUCAAGUUCAGCCAGAGAUGAAGACUGUGGGCUUCAGAGUCAAAGACAGCUCUGUGGUCCAGCACAUCAGAUCUGGAACUCUGAAUUACACUUUGACCAUGAAGGCCUUCACCGACGCCGGCCGUACAACACUUGUGGAUCCGAACACCGACGUGCUGCUGAACCAGAAGGUCUGGGUGGAGCUGGAGACGGACGGGCUGGAUGGAAACUUGGUCGCUCUGGUAAUUGACUCCUGCUGGGCAACAAGCCAGAGUUCACCCACCAGCACCCCGAGUUACGACCUGAUCCUGAAUGGCUGUGAAAAUCCCGACGAUCGGACGGUGGAUGUCGAGAAAAAUGGAGAAGGAACCCUCAGCUACUUCGCCUUCAAAAUGUUUGAUUUUUCUGGGAAGUCUGGUGAGGUCUACCUGCACUGCGAACUGCAGCUGUGUGCCAAGAAGGACAACAGUUGCAUCCCGGUGACUGAAUGACCGAUCCUUCCUGACGACCUCUGACUCCUGUCUGGUCCUGUUCUGGAGCUUGGAUGUGUGAACAUAUGAGCUCAGAUCCUGACCUUUUCUCUGCUUAUUUCCAACCUGGUGAAGGACCCCAUUAAAUUUUUCGUUGAAACUUUUUUAGAUAAUCUAAUGUUUAUCCGAACCCCUGAUAAAUUUGGUAUAAUCGCAUAUUAUCAUUAGUCUUUAUAAGUUGGUAAAAUCAUCAAAUGGGGGAUAAUAUAACCACUAAUUGAUUUUUCUGUGCUGGUGAUGUUUUGUUAGCUUUUUAGGACAGGGUUUAUUUCCAAGUUUAAAUCCUUUAAGAUACAAAUGAAGAAAUCAAAUCAUGAAUAGAUUGAAGUAGAAAUGUGUGAUUGGAUGCUUUUGAUUGUAAGAAAAUGUUUUUAGCUGUUUGUUUGAAGGGAAAUGCUUUAAGGUAGAUAAGGUAGAGACAGCCUGCUUUGGGCUUUGCAAAGAGCGUCAAAGUUAGUUUGAAGUGAAUAUGCAGCCGUGCAGCGAUUAUUCACCGAACACCAGUUUUUAUUCACUGUUUCUGUUGUGCUGUUUUCAGACCACAGUGUUUGUGACAGUUUGGAUCAACUGAAACAGGCUGCUGUGCUCUCCGUUUUUGUUUCUGUGUGUUCAGCAUAUGAAAGACCAAAAAAAAAAACAAUAAAAUGAAGGUGAUGGGA